AAUACAUUAUACAAACACUCCCUGUAUAAUGAAGUACACAAUUAUAUUAACGCUCAGUUGUCUCGCCGUUUACGGCAACUGCAAGACCAUUGAGGUGACCAACGCUGAGCAACUGCACAGCGCACUGUCAUCGGCAGCGGCGGGCGAUACCAUUCAUAUGCACGACGGGAAGUACCAUGGUUCAUUUGAGCCCACCAAAUCGGGCUCAGCGUCGGCUCCCAUCACACUCACCGGCUCUAAACAGGCCGUCAUCUCCGGCACGAAAUACGGCUUUUGGCUUAAGGGCAGUCAUUGGGUGCUAAAGGGCUUCACUGUUACCGACUCUCCAAAGGGUAUAGUACUGGAGGGCGCCUCACAUAACCUCAUAGACAACGUUGAGGUGCAUAACGUUAAGCAGGAGGGCGUCCACUUCAGGUACAACAGCGCCGAUAAUACAAUCCAGAACUCGUACAUUCAUCACACCGGGAGGGGCACCGAAACAGAUAAGGGUUACGGCGAGGGUGUCUACCUCGGACAGGCGGUGAGCAAUUGGCAGGGCGGCAAACCAGACAAGAGUGACCGCAAUAAAGUGUUAAACAACCGGAUCGGACCGGAGGUGACCGCCGAGUCCAUCGAUAUUAAAGAGGGCUCGUGUUGUGGUGAAAUACGGGGCAACCAUUUUGAUGGCCAUGGUGAAUUAGGGCUACACUUUGCCGACUCUCACAUCGAUGUGAAGGGCGAUAAGUAUGUCAUUGAAGGCAAUACCGGCACUCAUCCCAAGAAAAAUGGUUUUGAGAUCCACCACCAGGCCAAGGCCGGUGUCGGCGGCUGUGAGAAUACCAUUAAAGGCAAUACUUGCGGUGAUAUCCCGUCGGGUGGCAAAUGUGUGGUCAACUUUUCAAAGGACUGCAAAAACUAUGUCGAU